AUGAGCUCCUCGCAGUUCAGCAAGGGCCCAUCCUACAGGCUCUCGUUCGAGGUCAGGAACUGGUUUUUGUUCAAAUACGACCCCCAGAAGGAAUCUGAACUCCGCAGCUGGAUUGAGGGACUCACAGGCCUCCCCAUAGGCCUGGACUUCCAGAAGGGUCUGAAAGAUGGGGUCGUCCUAUGCACACUCAUGAACAAGCUGCAGCCGGGCUCUGUCCCCAAGAUCAACGGCUCUAUGCAGAACUGGCAUCAGCUAGAAAACCUCUCCAACUUCAAGGCCAUGGUCAGCUAUGGCAUGAACCCCGUGGACCUGUUUGAGGCCAAUGACCUAUUUGAGAGUGGGAAUAUGACACAGGCCAAGACCAAGGGGCUGCAGAGUGGUGUGGACAUCAGAGUCAAAUACUCAGAAAAACAAGAAAGGAAUUUUGAUGAUGCCACCAUGAAGGCCAGCCAGUGUGUCACUGGGCUGCAGAUGGGCACCAACAAAUGUGCCAGGCAAUCUGGCAUGACGGCUUACGGUACCAGACGGCAUCUCUAUGACCCCAAGAACCACAUCCUGCCUCCCAUGGGCCACUGUACCAUCAGCCUUCAUAUGGGUACCAACAAGUGUGCCAGCCAGGUGGACAUGAAAGCUCCAAGGACCCGAAGGCACAUCUACGACACCAAGCUGGGUACUGACAAGUGCGACAACUUUUCCAUGUCCCUGCAGAUGGGCUACACGCAGGGCACCGACCAGAGUGGUCAGGUCUUCGGGCUGGGGUGGCAGAUAUAUGACCCCAAGUAUUGCCCACAGGGUCCAGCAGUCGACGGAGCGCCUGGCGGGGGUGAUGGCCAUGGUGAAGGCCCUGAGUACCUGCCCUACUGCCAGGAGGAGGCCGGCUACUGA